GUACUGAAAUCAUAAAUGAUUUGGUGAUAAGCUAAGCUUGCAAUGCAGGCAAUAAAAACCGUGGAAAAAGAAGUGAUUUUUCUAAAGGAAACACUUUUCACAGAAUCCUUCCUAAAGCAACAAAAGUGCAGCAGAAGCCCGGAGAGCAGGCAGCUCCAAGAGCAGCAGCCAUUGGAAGGAGCUGUCUGCAGCUCUCAGUGCUGUACUGAGCAUGUCCCAGCGGAGCCCAGUGCAAGCAGCACAUUAUGCAAAAAGGCAGCUCCAGCAGAUGGGAGAGAGGCACAGCAAGCAUUUGCUUCACUUGCAUCCCCGCCGCCUGCAAACAAGCCUGGAUCGCUAGAGGGGAUCUUGCCAGCAGGCCAAAGGAAUGAAAUCCAGGAGGAUGGCUUGAUUGUCAAAGGUGCUGCACUGCAAAAAAUCAUGGGGAAUCAAGAUGGGAAGCUAAAGAAAAAUACAGGUGAUGUGCAAGAAGGAGGAGAAGAUGCCUCUGGGCCCAAGGAUACGGACGGCACAAAGAAGGUAUCGGGAGGCAGAAGGGGGCUGGGGAAGCAUGCAAAAGGAGGCGAAUCAGGUAAGAAGAAGGGUAAGUCGGACUCCAGGCCCUCUGUGUUUUCAAAUCUGAGGAUCAGAAAAAAUCUGUCCAAGGCUAAAGAUGGGAAUAGCAGCUCACGGGAGGAUGUUUUGGAAAGCCAGGCCUUGCAGCCUGGGGAGCUGGACAGUACUCAUUCAAUUGUAACCAAAACUCCUGAUAUAAGCAUCUCUGCAGAUGAAGGGGGUCUCUCAGACACAGAUGUUGAACAUUUUGAAAUCAGAAAUGAAACUGUUCCAGCUGCUGCAGAGACACAGGAUGGACAAAGGACCAGCUCUGGCUCUGAUACGGAUAUAUACAGUUUCCAUUCAGCUGCAGAACAAGAGGAUUUGCUUUCUGAUAUCCAGCAAGCUAUUAGACUGCAGCAGCAGCAGCAGCAGGGGGCAAUUAACAUUGGAACUGAGGACCCUGUCGCCAAAACAAUGGGCCGACACAUGGCUAAUUCUCAAGCAACCUCCUUAGAUUUUGAACGUUUUUUUUCUGUAACUACCACUGACAAAGAGAGGAGCCCAGACACUGAGGGGGCUUUUCCAGCGGUAUCGGAAAUUGUGGAAAACAUUCCUGUCUCCUGUGCAACUGAAUGGGAACCGAAAGAAGCGGUAAACAGCACAGGCUCUCCUGGUAACGGCUUAUUUGAAACACAAGAACGUCAGCUACUGAUUGAGGAGCAGCCCGUUGCUGGAGUGGAUGCUGUAGCCAGUGAACUACAAGAUGGUUUGAAUAGAGCUGCAGUAAAAAACGGGUCUCAGGCACACAGCUCCACAGAACCUUUUCCAUCUCCAGUGGCAGAUGCUGAGGCUAAAAUUGCUGAAGUGCAGGCUGUUGAUUCUCAGGGCUCAGUAACAGAGGGUGGUAUUCCAGAUGCAGGCCGUGAUCAUGCUGCUGAGACUCAGGAAGGGAAACACACUCUGUCAGCCAGUCAAGAGGAGCUGAGUAAUGGUUUAUCCACAGAAAUGAAAAAUGGCAGUUUGUCCUCUGAAGGAACAGCGGACAGUCCGAUGCUUGGUUCCCGAUGCUUUAAGCCCUAUCUAAUUAACGCCUGUUACAUCAAAACCACAACUAGGCAACUGAGUUCUCCCAACCAUUCACCUUCUCCCUCCCCAUCCCAGAGCCCACUUUUCACAAGGAGGCAGGAGUCCUUCCACAAAAAGGAAAAAGUCUCAAUCAGGAAGAAGAGGUCUGCUAGUUUGGCAGGUUUGUUCAGUCGUUCUGCAGACUGGACAGAAGAGGUGUCUAAUCACAAAAGCGAGAUAACAGAGAAGGUGAGCUCUGCAGACUACUUGGAGCACAAGGGGUUUAGAGAGAAAUUUCAAACAGAAAGAGUGCCUUUGAAUCAUUCAAGAAAGUCCUCAGGGGUCCAGGCUUCUACAGAGACAUUUCCCAAUGUCUUUUCAGGACGAACUCUGCUGGAAAAGCUCUUCAGCCAGCAGGAAAAUGCACCACAAGAAGAAGCAGAAAAACUCUGUUCUCGCAUUAUUGCAAUGGGUCUUUUACUUCCAUUCACUGACUGCUUCAGAGAGCCAUGUAACCAGAGUGCCAAGCAAAGCACACCCACAUUUGAUCAAGACCAGCUUUAUACUUGGGCUGCAGUUAGCCAACCCACACAUUCAAGAGAUUACACUGAAGGAAGUUUUCCAAGGAGAAUUCCAUCUGCGUGGCCUCCACCCAAACCUCCAGAUGAAGAACAAAGGCUGAAAAGUUCAGAAGAAGAAGCUGGAGAGUUGAAAUCUACAGUCCUAGAAAAAGAGAAGCAAUGCACAGAUGGUGUACAGCGGGCACAGAAAGAAGACUGUUCCACAGUACCUGGGUCCUGGGAUGCUUUUGAGGUGAAAUCUGAGGAGCGUGCCAGUGUCAUCCAACAACUUGAGCAAACUAUUGAGGAUCUGAGGACAAAAAUUGCAGAACUAGAGAAACAAUUUCCUGCCGCAGAGGUACAGACUGCUGGGAGGGAGCAGGAAAAUGAGCAUGCACAUGCAGACUCUGGGGAACUCAGCAGUGUGACUCUUCAAAGGAAUGAAGAGGAGACCACAACCAGGACUGUGUCACAGGCGAGAUCUGUACAAACGUCACCAACAGAGGAUUAUUUAACACAUAAAAUGCCUUCAGCCAGUGCACUGCCACAGCCACCCCCACCACCACACUUGGAAGGGGGCAAAAGUGAAGGGCCUACUCAGAAUUUGCCAGCUCUAGAACUACAGCCCACAUUCUGUUCUGAAAUCUCCUUAAUUCUGUCACCGAAGCUAAUCUCAGUGCCACUGGAUGCAAGCCAAUCAGUACAGAGUAUACCACAGUCACCUCUUCCAGGACCCAAAGUUGAUUUGUCCCUUGCAUUUGAAGGAGAGACUGAAACGAAAGUUUCCCAUCAGCCUCUAAGCACUGUAGAUGUAACUUGUAGUGAACAUCCUCCUUCCUUGCCCCCAGAGCCCACAUGUAGCAUUCCCCCAUCGCUGCCACUGACUGAACAGGCUGCCCCCCUGCCUGGAACACAUGGCCAUUCCUUUGUUACUCCCAUGUCUGUGGCCGGAUUACCACUGCCACCACCUCUGCCUGGCUCAGGACUCUCUGCUUCUGCUGUCUCAGCACUGACACACCUGGACCAUUCUUUACCAGGUGCCAUGAUGUCACCUCUCCCUCCUCCUCCACAUUUUCCAAGUGGGGAGAUAACAACUCUGCCUCCAGCUCCUCUCCUUCCAUGUCCUGGAUUCCCUCCACAACCUUUGCCUGGAGCAGGAGUACCAGCUGCUCUGCCUGGUUGGGGUAUCCCACCUCCCCCUCCACCACCACCACCUUUACCUGGAGCUGCUGUCCCUCCUCCACCUCCUCCUCUGCCCAGCCUGGGAUUUGCACCCCCACCACCACUGCUUCCUGGAGCAGGACUGCCACCACCUCCUCCACCUCUGCCUGGAGGGGGCAUUCCACCACCUCCUCCUCCACCGCCACCUCUGCCUGGUGCUGCUGUGCCCCCUCCACCUCCUCCACCGCCACCUCUGCCUGGUGCUGCUGUGCCCCCUCCACCUCCUCCACCACCUCUGCCUGGUGUAGCUGUGCCCCCUCCACCUCCUCCACCACCUCUGCCUGGUGUAGCUGUGCCCCCUCCACCCCCUCCACCACCUCUGCCUGGUGUAGCUGUGCCCCCUCCACCUCCUCCACCACCUCUGCCUGGUGUAGCUGUGCCGCCUCCACCUCCUCCACCACCUCUGCCUGGUGUGGCUGUGCCUCCUCCACCUCCUCCACCACCUCUGCCUGGUCUAGCUGUGCCCCCUCCACCACCUCUGCCUGGUGCUGGUGUCCCUCCACCACCCCCUCCUUUGCCUGGGUUGGGGAUGCCUCCUCCAGCCCCACCACCCCUUCCAGCACCAGUCCAGGGCAGCAGCUACCCAGCAGUCCCACAGGGCUGUGGUUUUCUUCCUCCUCCAUUACCAUCUGGUUUAUUUGCAAUGGGGAUGAAUCAGGAAAAAGGGAGCAGGAAACACGUAAUAGAGCCUACUCGGCCAAUGAAGCCUCUUUACUGGACAAGAAUUCAGCUCCACAGUAAAACAGAUUCUAGUGCUUCACUUGUGUGGGAAAAAAUUGAAGAGCCUUCCAUAGAUUAUCAUGAGUUUGAAGAACUGUUUUCUAAAACAGCUGUUAAAGAGAGGAAGAAACCCAUUUCGGACACCAUUACAAAAAGAAAGACUAAACAAGUUGUCAAGUUGUUAAGUAACAAAAGAUCUCAAGCUGUUGGAAUAUUAAUGUCUAGCCUUCAUUUAGACAUGAAAGACAUUCAGCGUGCUGUUGUGAACUUGGACAACUCUGUGGUUGACCUAGAGACGCUGCAAGCUCUGUAUGAGAAUAGAGCACAAUCAGAUGAACUAGAAAAAAUAGAAAAGCAUAGCAAGGCAUCCAAGGAGAAAGAAAACGCCAAGUCUUUGGAUAAGCCAGAACAGUUCCUCUAUGAACUCUCACUGAUUCCAAACUUUUCAGAACGUGUGUUUUGCAUCCUGUUCCAGUCAACAUUUUCAGAAAGCAUUGGUUCAAUCCAUCGCAAACUUGAAUUGUUACAGAAACUGUGUGAGACAUUGAAGAAUGAAUCAGGAGUUAUGCGGGUUCUGGGUUUGGUUCUUGCCUUUGGAAAUUACAUGAAUGGUGGAAACAGGACACGAGGACAGGCUGAUGGGUUUGGAUUAGAUAUCCUGCCAAAACUGAAAGAUGUCAAGAGCAGUGAUAACAGCCGAAGUCUUCUAUCGUACAUUGUCUCAUAUUAUUUGCGUAAUUUUGAUGAGGAUGCUGGAAGAGAACAAUGCAUCUUCCCUCUUCCGGAUCCACAGGAUCUCUUCCAGGCUUCACAACUGAAGUUUGAUGAUUUUCAAAAAGAUCUCCGCAAAAUGAAGAAAGAUUUGCGAGCAUGUGAGACAGAAGCAGCAAAAGUUUAUCAGCUAUCACUAGAAGAGCACCUACAGCCCUUCAAAGACAACAUGGAGCAAUUCAUUAGUCAAGCCAAAAUAGACCAAGAAAAUGAAGAGAAAUCACUGACAGAAGCACAUAAAAGCUUUUUGGAAACUACAGCCUAUUUCUCUAUGAAACCAAAAAUGGGUGAGAAGGAGGUGUCCCCACAUUCUUUCUUCAGUAUUUGGCAUGAAUUCAGUUCUGACUUCAAAGACUUUUGGAAGAAGGAAAACAAACUUAUUCUUCAAGAAAGAGUCAAAGAAGCAGAGGAAGUCUGCAGACAGAAAAAGGGGAAGUCGCUAUACAAUAUUAGACAAAAACAUGACUCUGGAAUUAAAGCAAAGAUAAGUAUGAAAAUCUGAGAGAAGAAAUUCAAAAGCCAUUGUUACCUGGUUACCAAAAUUCAACAUGCUUGUGGGUGGGGAGUGAGAGGGAAGGAAACUACAUCAUCCUGAUCAUUUGCUUCCUUGACCUUUUAAAAUUUGCGUUUUGUUCUCUAGAGUUUUCCACCAACUGAUGUGUUAUUGUGCAUUCAUUCAUGAAUGUAAUCACUUUAAUGGAGUGCCCAGAAAUAGACUAGGUAUGGACUUGAAACACCUUCCCUGUACUCUGUAUCUCCUUUGCCACUCAAAAAUGGUAUUUUGUAAAGUGUAUGGUAUAUUACAAAUAGGACAAGUCAGCAUGCAUAAAAAGUGGUAUCUGCAUCAGUUCUGAACAUGCUGAAAAUUGCAUUAAGUUGAACUUCGUAAGAAUGCUACUCGGCACAGUAAAACAUUUCCAUUCCUACUGGCAACAUCAGACACAAAUACUUCAUGGCACUGCACUUAGUUUAGGGAAAGAAAUGUUACUCCUAGUGAAUUGUUUGUAUCUGUUUCAUGUUGGCAUUUGUAGUUUGUAUUUUGAAUUGUUAAGUGCUGUUUAUACAGUAUAAUCAAUGCUUUCCCAACUUGUUUGGUUGCCCUCCAUGACUAAAUAUUUGUGGAACAAGAUGUUUACUGUAACUAUGUUUUAAAUCGAUAAGACAGCAUACUUUUACUUCAUCUUCUGCCAGAUAGUGAAUGCCAGGUGGUAUGGGGGUCAGAAAUCCAGCAUUAAAAAAAAAAAAAAAAGAAAAAAAAAGUGUACAGAAAAGCACAGAAGUAUGAUAGAGAGUAUGAGAGCUUUGGCUAUUAUAGUUUGUUAAUAUAUAAAGCAGCUAAUACUUUUACAUGAACUUUAGAAGGUAUAAUAUAGUUUUAACUGCUGAUCACUUAAGUCAGACAGGCUCUUGGCCACAUGUACAUGACUUCCCUUCUGGAAUUAGCUUUACAGUUAAAUGAAAACUCCUUUAGAGAGCUAUUAAAAGAUGCACAUGGAGACAACAUUUAUGGAAAACAGUAGCCAAUUCUAGUGAUAUGUGGGCGACCUGAGCCUUGUGUGGUGGGGCAGCCCGCUGCUGGCUAGACCACAGGUGCCUCAAUAGCGUAAUAAAGUCUCCACCAAAAGACAGGAGGACUCUUGAGCCACUGUAAUCCACGUGGGUUUAUUGAGGAGAAUGAGGAUGAAGGGGACAAGAGCGGGAGCAGGGAGACACCCACAUGCAGGGCAAACGGGCUGCAAGAGUGAGCGGGGAGGAGGGGCCAGAGGAUAUAACUGGGAAAGGCAAGGGGUGGCUGGGGUACAAACAAUCCAAUGGGAAGGGGGCGUAAGGGGGGAGCAGGGACAGAGUGGCAUAAACUGGACCAAUAGGAACAAGGGGAAGGAUUGGUUAACUCGAGAGAACUAAUGGGGAAUGGAGAACGUGGAACUUUCUAGAACUAAAGGAUGGUACAAACAGUGAUGAGCAUAAACUGGGGAGGAUACGACAUAUGAUGGGCAUAUCUUUAUUUAUGUGGGGAAGACAGGAAUCCAGGGGCAAUACUUUUCCUUAUACCACUGUGGUUUCCCAAGGCGUUCCUAGAGAAUCCUUCCCAGGAACGCCUCCCACAGUGACAGAACAUAGACUACCAACUAAUUGAUAUCAAUUUCACACUUAACAGAAUUACAGAUAUUUCUUCCAGGCUUUCAGUGUCCCUGACCAGGAGAUUAAUGGUUGAAAUAUAUGACUUAGGGCUUCCAUUUUAAAGCACACGCUUACUUCCUAUUUGCAAUCCAGAAUUUGGUCUAUCAGUUUUGGACUGCUCAGCUGUCCUGGUUUAGGGAAAAUUUGGGAGAAAACUUCUGGAAGGAGCCCCCAGAAAGCAAACCCCCCUCCCCCCCACCUGGUUUGGGAAGAAUUUCCUCCGCGAGAAGUGGGGAAAAAUCCUGUUUAUUUAACAAGCAAAACACUACCCAGUACAAAAAAAAAAAAAUAAUAAAAAAAAAAAUUAAGAACACCAGAUGACAAAAACUCUUUCACCACUCUGAAGAGAUGACAAAUUCAGAAAGUAUCUCCUGGGAGUGGUCACCCAAUUCUUGGUCUCCUACGCUGGGGAUGCCCCCUGCAGAUCACCAAAUGCAGGCUCUCAGUGCUUCUUGGUGUUUCCCAGGUCCCAGUCCAGAGCAGAUUGGAAUGAUAUUCAGGAAUGGGAAAGGAAAAAAAGCCAGUCCAGGGAAAGACUUAGACUGCUUAGCUAAACUAACUAAUAAGCAAAAGCAAAGGCAAAAGCAGAAGCAAGAGCAAGCAAGCAAGCAAAGCCUCUCCUAGACAACAGACCAUGGGGGAAUGUGAGCCACUUGAUAACAAGAGAAAACAAACCUUCACUUUCAGAGUCAGUUCUGAAAGCACAGAAUAAAAUAUCAAACAGAACACACGACUGGGGAUAGAAGCACCAUAACAUCACUCAAGGAUGAUUCCACCCCUUAUCUCCAUAUCGUCAACGUACUACUAAACAUCAUGUAAAAAUUUCAUCAAGUAAAAACUUCCAUCUUUCACUUAUACACAUAUCCUUCCAUCUCACUUGCUCAAACCUUCGACACAUACACAUUUCCUUCUAUCUCAUGUCUGUGUGUUUUCAUGUACAGACAAUGGCAGUAACAUCCAGCAAACAGUGAUAUUUGCACACGAGUCUCACCCCCACAAUCAGAUCUCCCUGAGGUACACAUUGUGUUGUUCCAUCUCUCUGCAUUAUCCACCAUGUACAACCUGGUCCCUGAGCAAAGACAAUCCCAUGAAAGGGUUUGUCUGUACUCGAGGCAGAAUUGAUCCACACUGUUUUACCCAACAAACCUCUGACAUGUGCCACUGGGACUUUAUCUCCGUCUGCUAUGUUCAGGGACUCAGACUGUGCAGGACCUGCUCGAUUGGUGGAACCUCAGAUGUUAACUAACCAGGUGGCCUUUGCUAAAUGCUGCUCCCAAUUUUUGAGAGCUCCCCCACCCAAUGCUUUCAAGGUGUUUUUUAACAGACCAUUGUACCUCUCCACUUUGUCUGCAGCUGGUGCAUGGUAGGGGAUGUGGUACACCCACUCAAUGCCAUGUUCCCUAGCCCAGGUGUUGAUAAGGCUAUUCUUGAAAUUAGUCCCAUUGUCUGACUCAAUCCUCUCAGGGGUACCAUGCCUCCACAGGACCUGCUUUUCAAGGCCCAGGAUGGUGUUACCUACCAUCCCAUGGUGGCUUCUACCAUUGUGAACACAUAGUGCUUGCCUUGGCAUGUCUGGGGCCGUGUGAUGUAAUCAAUCUGCCAGGAUUCUCCAUACCUGUACUUGGACCACCACCCACCAUACCAGAGGGGCUUCACCUGCUUGGCCUGUUUUAUGGUAGCACAUGUCUCACAGUCAUGGAUCACCUGAGAAAUACUGUCCAUGGUUAGAUCCACCCCUUGGUCUUGUGCCCACUUAUAGGUGGCAUCACCACCCUGAUGGCCUGAGGCAUCAUGGGCCCGUUGUUCUAGGAACAACUCUCCCUUGUGUUCCCAGUCGAGGUCUAUCUUUGACACCCCUAUCUUUGCAGCCUGAUCUACCUGCUGAUUGUUUUGCUGCUCUUCAUUAGCUCUUCUUCUGGGGACAUGGGGAUCUACAUGGCAAACCUUCACAGGGAGCUUUUCUACCCGGGUAGUGAUAUCUUUCCACUCUUCAGCAGCCCAAACUGGUUUUCCUCUACGCUGCCAGUUAGCUUCUUUCCACCUCUCCAGCCACCCCUACAGAGCAUUGGCUACCAUCCAUGCAUCAGUGUAGAGAUAGAGUUUUGGCCACUUCUCCCUUUCUGCAAUGUCUAGGGCACGUUGAACGGCUUUGAGUUCAGCAAGUUGGCUUGAUCAACCUUCUCCUUCAAUGGCCUCUGCAACCCGUCGUGUGGGACUCCAUACAGCUGCUUUCCACUUCCGAUUCAUCCCUACAAUGCGACAGGAGCCGUCAGUGAACAGAGCCUAAUAAUAGAGAAUUAGAAUUAGAGCAUAAUAAGAGAAUAGAGUGUGUUUCCUCUGCUGGCAGUUGGUUGUAUGAUGGAGCUUCUUCAGCCCAUGUCACUGGUUCUUGUUUUUCAUCUGUGACACCAAAAUUUUCACCUUUGGGCCAUUUUGUAAUUACUUCCAAAAUCCCAGAGCGAUUCAGUUUACCAGUAUGGGUGAGCUGCAUGAUGAGAGCAAUCCACUUGCUCCAUGUAGCCCUGGUGGCAUGGUGGGUGAAGGGAACCUCUCCUCUGAACAUCCACCCCAGCACUGGUAGUCGGGGUGCCAGGAGGCAUUGUGCUUCUGUACCAAUCACCUCUGAAGCAGCUUGGACUGCUUUGUAGGUGGCCAAGAUUUCCUUCUCUGUUGGGGUGUAGUUAGCUUCAGACGCUCUGUAGCUCCAACUCCAAAAUCCCAGUGGUCGGCCUCGAGUCUCAUCAGGCACCUUCUGCCAAAAGCUCCAGGACAGACCAUGGUUCCCGGCUGCAGAUUAGAGCACGUUCUUCACAUCUGGUCCUGUCCUGACUGGGCCAAGGGCUACAGCAUGAGCGAACUCCUGCUUGAUCCGGGCGAAAGUUUGCUGCUGCUCAGGGCCCCAGUGGAAAUCAUUCUUCUUGCCAGGUAAAGAGGGCUCACAAUCUGACUGUACUCAGGAAUGUGCAUUCUCCAAAAACCUAUGGCACCUAGGAAAGCUUUUGUGUCCUUGUUGGUUGGUGGGGACAUAGCUGUGAUCUUGUUGAUGACAUCUGUAGGAAUCUGACACCGUCCAUCUUGCCACUUCACUCCCAGGAACUGGAUCUCUCAAGCAGGUCCUUUAACUUUACUCUUCUUGAUGGUGAAACUAGUUUCCAGGAGGAUUCGGAUGAUUUUCUCUCCUUUCUCAAACACUUCUGCCGCUGUGUUCCCCCAUAGAAUGUUAUCACCAAUAUAUUGUAGAUGUUCUGGAGCCUCACCCUUUUCUAGUGCAGUCUGGAUCAGCCCAUGGCAGAUGGUAGAACUGUGCUUCCACCCCUGGGGCAGUUGGUUCCAGGUGUACUACACUCCCCUCCACAUAAAGGCAAACUGAGGCCUGCAUUAUGCUGCCAGUGGAAUGGAGAAAAAUGUGUUGGCGAUAUCAAUAGUGGUGUACCACUUCGCUGCCUUGGACUCCAGCUCAUACUGGAGUUCCAGCAUGUCUGGCACAGCAGUGCUCAGUGGUGGAGUCACUUCAUUCAAUGCACGGGAGUCCACUGUCAAUCUCCAUUCUCUUCAGAUUUACGCACAGGCCAAAUGGGGCUGUUGAAGGAUGAGUGGGUUUUGCUGACCACCCCUUGGCUCUCCAGCUCUUGGAUCAUCUUAUGGAUGGGAACCACAGCAUUUCAAGUUGUUCUGUACUGUCAGUGAUGCACUGUUGAAAUGGCAAUUGGUACCUGUUCCUCUUCUCCCUUCAGAAGUCCUGCUGUAGAUGGAUUCUCAGACAGUCCAGGCAAGGUGUUCAAUUGCUGGACACCCUCUGCUAUCCCAAAUACCCACCUGAGUCCCUUUGGGACUUUAAAAUACCCACUUCGGAGGUAAUCUAUGCCCAAAAUGCAUGGGGUCUCUGGGCCAGUCUCAAUAGGGUGUUUUUUCCACUCAUUUCCUGUCAGACUUAUAUCAUCUUCCACCAAGGCAAAGUCCUGUGAUCCACCUGUCACACCAGCAAUAGAGACAGAUUCUGUUCCCAUACGUCUCGAUGGGACUAAAGUGCAUUGUGCACCACUAUCAACCAAAGCCUUAUAUCUUUGUGGUUCCAAUAUGCCAGGCCAACGAAUCCACACAGUCCAGAAAACACAGUUUUCCCUCGCCUCUACCUGGCUAGAGGUAGGGCCCCUCUAAGCCUGGUUAUCCUUUUUUUCCUUGGGCAUAUGUUUUAGAGGUUCCUUCAAGGGGAUCGGACAUGUCAUCACCAUCAUCAUACCUGGCAGUUUGGCUACGGGCAACUGGAGCUGCUCUCCUUUUGGUGGAACUUUCUCUCCGAGUCUUGCCUUCCUUCAGUUCAUGCACCCUUUGUGCCAGAGCAGCAGUAGAUUUUCUGUCCCAUCUCCUCAUGUUUUCUCCGCAAUCGCGCAGGAAGAACCACAGCUCAGCUCAUGGAGUGUACCUUCUCUCCCCAUCUGGGGAAUGUCUGCGUUAGAUACCAGAACCUCUGAUCUGUACUGCUGAGAUUUGGAGAAGAUCCUCUUUAAUCUCCUCCCUGAGUCUCUUAUGAUUCUCCUCUAUCUUGUCUUCUAAUUUCUGCAGACGUGUUUCCACUGCUACAAUUCUGGCAUGGGCUGGGCCAUGGGCAGCAUCUGCAUAUGCUCGGAGCUUCUUCACCAUAUCGAGCACGGUCUCAUCCCUCUCAUCCCGCUUCAUUAUUGCUAAAGCAGAAACGUAUUCAUGUGGCCCAAGCCAUACAAGUUUUUGCCACAUCAUAGAUGUACAUGGUACCAAGUCUGGAUUCCUAGUUGUUAUUUCAUCUGAGGAGAUAAUCUCUGCCUCUGUCAUUUCUCUCAGGCAUUGGAUCCCUUGUUCUAUAGUCUUCCACUGGGUCUGCUGCAUAUAAAGAUCAUCUGCCCACAGGUAUCUUUAUGCUACACUUUCCAGAACCCAUGCCCAGAGGCUGUGAGGGUCAUCAUUCCUUCGUCAAUGAGAGGACCAUGUGACAGGGAUCCCAAAUGCCUCGCUUCAGUACCAUUCAGAAUUGUAGCCUCACCUGCAGCAUCCCAAAGACGGACCAACCAACUAAUUAUAGACUCAUCAGGUCGUCGAGUGUAAUCCUUCCUUAGGCCACAAAGGUCCUUUAAGGAAAAGGACUCAAUAUUGGCCUCUAAUCUUGUACCAGUUACUUUGACUCCUGAGUUUAUGUCAGGAGGCGUUGAGGGUCCUUCUCCUGCAUUAUCAUCAUCAUCAUCAUCAUCAUCAUCAUCAUCAUCGUCACCCACUGGUUGAUCAGUCUUUUCUGUGCACUUCUCAUGCUAGUAGCAACAACCAUUGGUUGAGGCUUACAGUCUGGUUUAGCUGCUAGCUUAGGCUCACUGUCUGGUUUAGCUGAUGGCUUUAAGCCGGGGAUGUUGGCUGCAGCCUGAGUGACUGGGAUAGCUGCUGAUUUAUCUCCCUGUCCCCCUUCCUCUGUCUGCUGCCCUACAGUAUCUAGCAGAGUGUGAUAAGCAUAUGCCAGGGCCCAGCUCACUGCAAUGGUCUUUUCCUCCUUAGAGUUAUCUUGGCACUCCUCUUUCAGGUACUUUGCCACCUCAACUGGAUUCUGAAUUUGUUCACGUGGAAAGUCCCAGGCUAUAGGGUCAGAAAAUUCCGUUAAGAUUCGGCCCAUAUCCUCCCAUUUCCCACACCACUCAGGAUUUCUCACACUUGGGUCUACUCCUGGGUCAGGAGUCUCAUCAGCCCCUCUAGAAAUCUCAGCCUUCAUUCUAGAGAGACUGCAGACUGUCUCAGGAAGCUUACCAGAUUAAACACCAGGAAGAUGGUCUCUUUAACAUUCAGGGGAAAAUGAACAUUCUCUAAUAGGGAGGUAACAGAUUCAAAAGAGAAGAAGAAAACAAAGGCUGAAAAGCCUCAUCCCCUGCUUCCCCUCUAACAAACUGGCUGCACAACCAUAACCAUUAACCAUACAUUCCUGGAACAGACUUCAGCACCUUUAUAAACCCCCUGCAAGCCAUUACACCCAAGCCCAGCCCGAUGGAUAUUCUGGUCAGUGCCCUUCUAGUGCAAAAACUAUGUAUUAGGGACAAUACCGGAGCUAUUCCUGGAUAAGAAAAGAAACCUAGGGACCAAAGAGGGAUUAAGAUCUCAAAAAACCCUAGGGACCAGAAACACAUGAGGCCUCCACCCCAAGAGACACUAUGAAUUCAAACAUAGCCAGUAACUGCUCUAUACCAAUAUAAAGUAAUUGGAACCAAAAUAUGAUUAGAACAGGGUUUUUUCCACUCUCUUGAGACCCACGUUGGGCGCCAAAAUAUUUCUCCUGGUUUAGGACAAAUUUGGGAGGAAACUUCUGGAAGGAGCCCCCGGAAAGCAAACCCCCCCCCCCCCCCACCUGGUUUGGGAAAAAUUUCCUCAGAGAGAAGUGGGGAAAAAUCCUGUUUAUUUCAAAACAUUCCCCAGCACAAAAAAAAAAAAAAAAAAAAAAAAUUAAGAACACCAGAUGACAAAAACUCUUUCACCACUCUGAAGAGAUGACAAAUUCAGAAAGUAUCUCCUGGGAGUGGUCACCCAGUUCUUGGUCUCCUACGCUGGGGAUGCCCACUGCAGAUCACCAAAUGCAGGCUCUCAGUGCUUCUCAGUGUUUCCCAGGUCCCAGUCCAGAGCAGAUUGGAAUGAUAUUCAGGAAUGGGAAAGGAAAAAAAAAACAGUCCAGGGAAAAGAUUGGACUGCUUAGCUAAACUAACUAAUAAGCAAAAGCAAAGGCAAAAGCAGGAGCAAGAGCAAGCAAGCAAGCAAGCAAGCAAGCAAGCAAAGCCUCUCCUAGACAACAGACCAUGGGGGGAGGUGAGCCGUCUGAUAACAAUACAAAACAAAUCUUCACUUUCAGAGUCAGUUCUGGAAUCACAGAACAUAAUAUCAAACAUAAAUAUAACACAUGAUUUGGGAUACAAGCACCAUAACGUCACCCUCAGACAUCAACUGAUAAGAACCCCUUCUUCCAGUCCUUAAUUUAGAGCCCCAAACCAAUCAGCUUGAUUGAUAACUUUUUUCUCUCAAAGCUAAUUUUUCCUGAAAGCAGACCGUGUGUGCAAAUCAGUUGGAUGCAGGUGCUCACAGCUUUGGAGCCUGAAAGACACUGGGGUAAGGCAAAUGAGCUCUAACCUUCUGGGUUGCAUUAUUCCCUGUCUAAUCUAGCACAUCAAGAGACAUUCCGAGCUGUUCAGAGGCUAAUAUACUGUACAGGGUGUCAUAAAAGGAAGUGCAAAAUAUGACCUCAGGAAUCUGUUAUUCUUCACAUAUACCAAGCACUAGAAAAUAUGGGUUUUUUUCACUGUGUGAAAAGUAAGUCUCCUGUUGCUGAUAAACCUAUGUGAAAAUCUGUACUAGCAGUAAUUUCUGGCAGGGAUAUAAAUUACCAAGAAUGGAAUUCUAAAAUUUUGUGUUGAUGGGAGUAACAUUACUAUUUGGGGAAAACAAAGAGAUUAUUUGCUGUUAUGACUAACUUAUGAAAAAAAAAAAACUUUAAAGAGUAAAGCUAUUUUAAUGGCACUGAUUCAAAUCCAUGUUUGUAUUUGUGUAAACAGUAGUCUUCUCCUCCUAACUUUGCUCCUAAGUGCAAGGAUACAGUAGCAUGUUUUCAUUUGUAGCCUUCCUGUUCUCUUCAGUACCUACAGUAUGUAUAUUACUAUACUAAAUGAAAUAAUAGAUCAUCUAACAAAGAUCACUAUGUGCAAUACUGUAUUUAGUGUUUCUAUUCCAAUUUUUUAGAAUGUUAAUUUAUAAGAAAAUAAAAGGAAUAAUGAAAUAA